CUUUAAUCUGUCGUUUGAAAACUGCCUGUCAAAUAUUAAAGUUACAAAGUCUUUUCAUCAAUAAACAAUAAUUGUUUAUUCCAGAUUGGUUCUAUUUCGUGUUUUUAGAAAGUGCCGGCUUUAGUAUGAGUGAUACAGAGUUUAUUGACAUUAGCAAAUUAGAGGGAUUUAUUGCAUAUCUAUCCAAUAUUGAAUGGCGAGACCCAUGGCUAAUAGGACUUUUCACAUUUCACUUAUCGAUUUGUAUGAUGGCCAUACUGACAAGAAAUUAUGGAAAUUUUCAGGCGCUUUUGUUUUUCUUCCUUUUACUGUUGGUAUACUUCUCAGAAAACAUCAACAAUUUAGCUUCGACCAAUUGGAAAAUAUUUUCACGGCAACAAUACUUCGAUAGCAAUGGUCUUUUCAUCUCCAUUGUGUUCUCCAUGCCGAUUUUGAUCAACUGCAUGUUAAUGGUCGGUAAUUGGUUGUACCAAUCAACUCAAUUAAUGACCACUCUGAAGACGGCACAACUCAAAGAGAAGCUGAGAAAAGAGAAGAGUCGAGAGAAACUGAUUAAGCAGAAUGCAAAGACGGAAUAAAGAGAUGUAAAAUGUUACAUGUAAGACUUAUUGAAUUGUUACCAUUAAAUUAAGGCAUAAUGUAACCGCGGUGGCAUAGAACUCCUCAAAGGAUUUAAUUUUUUAUAGAGUAUAACUAGCUACAUUUUUUGCAACACUUGAAAACUGCGUUUGGACAGCGUCUUAAAUAAUAUUUUAUAUUUUGUAAGGGUGUGAUGGGUUUUAGUUUAGUAAUUCAAUGCUAUAAUUAGUACAUACUUUGUUUAGAGAAAGUUUGGUUUUCCUAGAAGUUUUCAUCAGCCCUGAGCAAAAAUGUUCUAGGGGUUAAUAGCCAGAAUAACUUGCUUGAAGUGAUGUUUGUUGUGUUUCAUCAAUGCAGUAAGAAAAACAGGUUUCUAGUGUUGUAUACAAUAAACUUUCUUGUACGUUAUUAUAAGGCAAAUUUUGUUCCAAAUUGUUUUGCUUUAUAAACUCUCUGUUUUCAUAAGUCGGUAUUAAAAAUGUGCAAUGAAGUGCAUUAAAAGCGACAAAUUUAUAAUCACAUUAAUUAAGGCGCUAAUAUUUUUUAUAUACUAAGGAGAGAUGAUUGUAAAUAGCCGCACUAAAAUAUCGAUUGUUAAUAUUGUAUAUUAUAGAACAAAUUUGAAGUGUAUAUAUUGGUGACAUUGUGGUGCAGUCGCUUCGAUUUAUAUGGGGAUUGCAUAUCAGUGAUGAACUUUUUAUUUAAUUUUUUAUCUCACUAAUUGAUGAUAUUAUCAAUGGAUUGAUACAGCUUCAACUCUCAACACUUCAGUUUAACACCGGUGAGGACUUUUUUAGACCUACUUGGUUUCUAAAUUGAAAUUUUGUGCCAUUUCUACUUAAAUCAGAUUAGUUUUAGGUUUUGGCUAUUUGUGGGUUGGUCACUUCUGCUUAUUAACAUUUUAUUCGAAUGAUGGAUGUAUUGUUAUAAAUGGCAUGCAGACUUGCAACUGUACCGUUCGCAGUAUGGGAAGAAUGCUUUUACUAUUUUCUUUCUAGUCUCAGAGCUUUAGGGCUACUUACUAUUUAGAAAAAAAACUAAAAAAAUUGUUAGUUUGUAGACGAAUUUUAUUAAGACCUAUUGUUUUGUUGUUCCUUAAAUGAUGUUUUUACUGUUUGUGAGGUGUGCGACCAGGCACUAUUGCACAGUUGCAUAAAGCUUACAUUAUGAAUUGAAAGUAAUUUUUCCGAUAUUGUUUUUUUAAGUAACAUGGAAAAUUUAAUAAAAGCGUACUAAAAAAUGGUUUGUUUCCAUAUUGAAGUUACGAAACAAACCUGUCUUUUUUUGGUAAAAUGCCGAAAUGAUCUCAAAUGGGUUUAUCGAAUAACAGGCCUUUAAAAAUUUGCUUGAUUUGCUCGCAGCUUUUGUGAGUAGAAACGUAUUUUGAAUGACUGGAGAGUAUUUAGUAUUAAUUAAGUAAAACUACUUCUUAAAUGAAGCAAUUUAUUGCAUUAAAUUAGCCAUUUAUGAAGGGAGAGGCACAAACAAACAAUGUGAGAGGAGGUUUUUUCGAUUUGAACACUGUGCCAAAUUAGUUAUACUUAUAUCUAAAUGGCCAACAUUCUUAGAUAUUCUUCAAUAGAAUUAGCCAAUUGAAUUUUAUUGAUAUUUUAUGAUUACAUGGAAAAAUACUGCUGAACUCAGAUACAUUCCAGCGUAGAUACUGAACUGAGCAAUGUUAAGAGAAUUUUUCUGGAGGAAUAAUCAAAUUUAUUUGGAGCCGGAUUAAUGACUUAAAUUUGUAUGCUAGGAAAACUAUAGCACAAUAGGGUAGCUUACAAUGUGGUUCUGUCUACAAAAAUUUUCAUAUCGGGUUAAGUUUCUUGCAAAAAAGGGAAGCAUCAUGUAUAACGAAAAUUAUAUUAUUCCAAAAUUUGACCGCAAGCAUCUUUGAAAGUUCAAUUAUCAUAAAAUGAUCGGUUUUAUCAAUUCUUGAAGCAUUUUGUUUUCCUUUAUUUGUCUGAAGAGAAAAAAUAACCGCCUUUAUAAAGUUGCGUUUUAAGAAAAAACAAAGUAUGUUAAUUUGAACCCUUGUAUUUUAGCGUACAAACAUGUAAAAAACAUAAGAAAAUUGAAA